CAUAGUCACGUGAUCGAUUCUGUUUGACCGCACUUCCAUUUCAUUUCUACGUUCACCAAUAAUUCUCUUCGCAUGCAAGUAUUUGUUGUUUAAACGUUGAAACGUAUCAUUAUUGAAAUAAACAAUGAACACGCUACGAUAUAUCGCUCGACGGGACAUCCAUCACAUUCGUCAAUUUCAUAAAUGCAUUGCUCAACGAACAGAAGCAGCUACAGCUGUCAGUGAACCUUUCGUAUCACCUUCUUUUACACCAGAGAAGGAAUCAGUAAUUAGUUCCAAAGUAGAUCAAAUAGCAGAUCAGAUAGUUUCUUUGAAUCUCAUAGAGGUAGCGCAACUAAGUGAAGUAUUAAAGAAACGAUUAAAUUUACCAGAUGCGCCUAUAAUGCCCAUGGGUGGAUUUGCUGCUUUAUCCAAACCAGACGAAGAAGAAGUUGAACAACAAGCAGUGCAAACUUCAUUCACUGUUAAAUUAACAGGUUUUGCUGACAAAAAUAAAGUUGCAUUGAUAAAGGAAAUGAAGAAUAUAAUGCCAGACUUCAAUCUUGUACAGGCCAAGAAAUUUGUCGAAAGCGCACCAACAACAGUGAAGACAGAUAUUUCGAAAGAAGAGGCAGAAAAAUUAAAGGAAUCUAUAGAAAAAGUGGGUGGUCAAGCGGAGAUUGUAUAAUUGUUACUUAUUAAUUUACAUAAAUUAAUUAAUUAGAACCCAGAAAAACGCUUAAAAACUCUGAUAGCAUUUUGUAAUGAUUUGUAGACCGAAUGAGAUCCGAAUAAAAGCACCAUUUUGUUAUACAA